AUGCCUAAGAACAAGGGAAAGGGUGGUAAGAACAGGCGCAGGGGAAAGAACGAGGCCGACAACGAGAAGCGUGAGCUCGUCUUCAAGGAGGAUGGCCAGGAGUAUGCUCAGGUCGUCAAGAUGUUGGGCAACGGCCGCCUAGAGGCUCAGUGCAUGGAUGGUGUCCGAAGACUCGGAAACAUCCGAGGAAAGCUCCGAAAGAAGGUCUGGAUCAACCAGGGCGAUAUCAUCCUCCUGUCUCUUCGAGACUACCAGGACAACAAGGGAGACGUCAUCCUCAAGUACACCGCCGACGAAGCCCGCUCUCUCAAGGCUUACGGAGAGCUCCCCGAGAACGCGAAGAUCAACGAGACCGAUACCUACGGCGCCGAGGGCGACGGUGACUGCAACUUCGAGUUUGACGAUGACCGUGACUCCGAUUCGGACUCUUCCGAUGACAACGUUGGCGCCAAGGAUAUCGAGAUUGACGAUAUCUAG